CACUGGAAUGGAUUCCCCUUAUUAAUCCACCUGCCCUGGCUAGCUGCUAGCUAGACCCACAUCUACCAUUAGCACCAACGCAACACACCUCAUAUCUCGAUCACGGCGAGAAAGGAGAGUCAUGGAGGUGACGGCGGUGAGCAUGGGCAAGGCCGUGCUUGAUGGCGCGCUGGGCUACGCCAAGUCCAAGGCAGCGGAGGAGAUCGCGCUGCAGCUCGGUGUCGAGCGCGACGUGGACUUUAUCACGGACGAGCUGCACAUGAUGCAGUCGUUCCUGGAGAUGGCUGAUGAGGACAAUGGUCAGAACAAGGUGUUCAUGGCCUGGGUGAAGCAGAUCCGCGACCUGGCCUACAAAGUGGAGGACAGUCUCAUGGAUUUUGGCCUCCACUCGGAGAAGAAGCCGUUAUGGGGGUGCAUCCCCCGCAACUUAUCUGACCGACGCCAAAUUGCCAAGGAAGUGAAGGAGUUGAGAGCCAAGGUGGAGGACGUGAGCAACAGGAACCUGCGCUACCGCCUCAUCAAGGACCGCAAAGGUAACUCUGACUCCAAGGUUACCGCGGCCGAAAAACAGGCCAACAUUGCUAGUGCUGCAAUGCUUGGCAUCAACGAAGCAACACUUGCCACUCAGGAGCAGGAAAAAACAGAGGUGAACCUCCACCAGCUGAUCACCAGCGAGGAGGAGGAUCUUAGGGUUAUUGCUUUGUGGGGAACAAGCGGUGAUCAUGGGAAGACGUCCGCCAUCCAGGAGCUUUAUGAUGAUCCAAAGGUAUUAAAAAAGUUUGGAUUGUGUGCUUGGGUUAGGUUGAUGUAUCCUUUCAAUCCGCAAGAGUUCCUCCGGAGCUUGGUGAGGCAAUUCUAUGAAAAAUCUCAUGAUGAGGUUGGAAAGCAAGAAAGUAUAACAAAUGUCGGGGCUAAUAGUUUUGCAAAGAUGGAGAAGAUGGAUCAAAGUGAUUUAAUCAGUGUGUUUAGUGCACAGUUGCAUAGCAAUAGUUACCUGAUUGUGAUAAAUGACCUAUCAACCAUAGAAGAGUGGCAUUGCAUCAAAAAAUAUUUCCCCAACAACAAGAGACAAAGUAGAAUCAUUGUUUCGACGCAGAAUGUUGAAAUUGCAAGCUUGUGCACCGAGAAACCGUACCAAGUGUCGGAGCUCAGGCAGUUGUCAUGUGAUCAAACUAUUUAUCUUUUCCACAAGAAGAAUACAAAGGAGAACAGCAUGUCCAGUGCUAGUAUGGUGAUGUUUCCUACUAACGAAGCAAGGCUUACUAACGUGGAAGAGAAACUGAAGGCUGUGCAUGAAGGAAUGCCAACCAAUGAAAUACAACAGGAAGAUGAACGACCUAAGCCUGCAGGUGGCAAUAAAGUUUUUAAUUCAACUGCUACAAAGAAGUUUAAUCGCAGCAGUACACUGGCACUGGUUGAUGGAGUUCUCACUGGGCGAGAAACAGAGAAAUCUAAUGUCAUCAAAUUAAUUGGUCAACCCGACAACAAUCAAAGUUGUAAGGUGAUCUCAGUUUGGGGAAUGGGUGGUCUGGGAAAAACCACUCUUGUCCGAAGCAUCUACCGAAGCCAAGAGCUUUCUGUCUGGAAGCAUGCAUGGGUUACUGCAUUGCGUCCUUUUAACCCUGAGGUACUCCUUAGAGAUUUGGCUUUGCAGCUUCAAAAAAGUAUUCAAGAAGAUACUGCUGGAGCAACAUCAACUAAAGGAAUAUCACUGAUGAAAAUUCAAGAGUUGAAGGUGGAAUUAGCUCGGCUAUUAAAAACACAAAAUUGCCUUAUUGUUCUUGAUGAUAUAUCAUCCAUUUAUGAAUGGGAUUUGGUGAAAGGGUGUUUGGAUAGUGCUGGAAGGAUCAUAAUCACCACAAGAGAAAGAAAUAUUGCUGAACACUGUUCAACAGUAUGCAAGAACAUGUACAGUCUUGAAGGUCUGAAAGGUGGUGCUGCACUUGAUCUCUUCACAAAGAAGGUAUUCAAGGACAAGACUGAAAAAGUUGAUUUAGCCCCCGCAAUGAUGGAGCAAGCACAGAUUAUACUGAAGAAGUGUGACGGUCUUCCCCUUGCAAUAUCAACCAUAGGUGGAUUUCUAGCCACUAAGCCAAAAACUGCUGUUGAAUGGAGAAUGAUGAAUGACCGUAUUAGUGCUGAACUAGAGAUCAAUCCUGAACUUAGGACAAUAAAGACAGUUCUUAUGAGGAGCUACGAUGGUUUGCCAUAUUAUCUCAAGUCUGCUUUCCUGUACCUAUCAAUAUUUCAAGAAGAUCAAGUAAUUAGGUUGGAUCGUCUAGUGAGGCGGUGGAUUGCAGAGGGAUACUCACGAGAUAUUCAUGGCAUCACUGCUGAGCAGCUCGGUCGUAGGUACUUUGAAGAGCUUUUGGAUAGGAGUAUGAUCCUGCCAGGGGAAGAUGUAAAUGAUUACAAUGGCAAAAUUAAUUCUUGCCAACUUCAUGAUAUCAUCAGGGAAAUAUGCAUCUCAAAGGCCAGAGAGGAAAACCUUGUCUUCAAACUGGAGGAUGGGUGUUGUUUGAGUAGCACACAAGGUCCAAUACGCCAUCUUGUCAUAGGCAGCAACUGGAAAAGGGAUGGAGAUGCAUUGCCGGGUGUGCUGGACUUGUCUCACGUACGGUCACUGACCGUGUUUGGAGACUGGAGACCGUUUUUCAUCUCCGAGAAUAUGAGGUUUCUCCGAGUGCUCGAUUUGGAAGACACACUAGGGUUGAGAGAUCACCAUCUUGACCGUGUCGGACAGCUCCAUCACCUUAAGUACCUUUCUCUACGAGGAUGUUGGAAUAUUUACUUUUUGCCUAAUUCUUUCGGGAAUUUGCUGCACCUCCAAACACUUGAUGUUAGAGAUACACAAAUAUUUGAGUUACCAAGAACAAUCACCAAUCUUGGAAUGCUACAGAACCUUCGUGUAUCGGUAAGCCGCGCCAAUGUCAAUGGAGAGCAGGACAUAGAAGUUGCGUAUGAUGAGUACGUUCAUGAUAUUGUCCCGUCCGUGAUUGACUCACGUUGCCUUUGGAUGUCUACAGUUCCUCUUUUAUUGAGACCACAAGUUUUAGAUGGUGGUUUGAACAGGCGUGAUGUACUCAAUCUGUUCCGCUAUCAGUUUCCUGGCAAUGAAGGUGUUAAAGUUCCUAGAGGAAUUGGUCAGCUGAAGGCCCUGCACAAACUAAGUGGUGCCUAUGUUGAGGGGAAUGCCACUGUAAAAGAGUUCAUAGGGCUUACUGAAUUGCGCAAGCUUGGAGUGGUUGGUAUCAACAGCAAAAACAGCAUGGAGUUCUGGUCUGCCAUUGCUGGUCACUAUCAUCUCCGGUCUCUUUCAGUGAUAGGGAAAUCGUGGAAGGAUGAGUUAGAUGGUUGUCUGGGUGAGGGUUUGUCGCCACCAAGCUGGCUUGAGAGCCUCAAGCUGUACGGCAAACUUGUCAGGGUAACAGAUUGGAUCCAUCAGGUUCAGAAUCUCUGCAAGUUGUUGCUGGAGGAUAGCUUUUUGGAGCAAGAUGAUGCCAUACAGGCCCUUGGGGUGCUACCAAAUCUUGCAGUUCUACGCCUGAAGGAGUUUUCAUUCGUGGGGAAACAGCUCCAUUUCAAAAACUCGGCUUUCCCGAGUCUCGUGGUGCUGGAGCUUUAUCGCUUACUGAACCUUGAAUCGGUGAUGUUUGAAGAAGACGCAAUGCCUAGGCUCGAGCUGCUACAAGUUGGUACUUGCCGCAGUCUGAAGAAAAUCUCUGGGCUAUCAGUUCUCACAAGCCUCAAGGAAAUUAGGCUGGGUGCUUAUGCGGAAUCAUUGAAGCCAGAGAUGCUGAGCCAGCUAGGGGAGCGUCAGAAGCACGUCGUCGUGAAAGAUGUAUGAAUUCCACAGAUGUGUGUAUCUUUCCCUUCUUCUCCUUCUUGUUGGAUGGAUUAUUCCUACCAUAAUCAUUGAAUCAACACAUUCAUAGGGCUCCGAACUUAUAAUGGCUGAUUUACAUUAUUAUUCUAAACAUGUAAUCCUGUUGCGAUUGGAGCAUAUUUUUG